CAUUCACUCUCCCUCUCUCUGUCCGUCUCUGCACACAGGAACAUCUCUGUUCUUUUCUCUUCUUGACACACUACAAUCAUGUCCGCAAACGGCGCCGACGGGGACCUGCUGCAGCUCCCUCUGGGGCUCAUCAACAGCGCGGGGAAGUAUCUGACGGCGGAGACUUUCGGCUUCAAAAUCAACGCCUCGGCCGCGAGCCUGAAGAAGAAGCAGACCUGGACCCUGGAGCAGACCGGGGAGGACGGCAGCGCCGUGUUCCUCCGCUCCCACCUGGGCCGCUACCUCGCCACGGACAAAGACGGCAACGUUACCGCGGACAGCGAGACGCGCGGCGGCCAGGACUGCCGCUUCGUCAUCACCGCGCAUGAGGACGGGCGGUGGUCUCUGCAGUCCGAGCCCCACGGCCGGUACCUCGGCGGCAGCGAGGACCGGAUCACCUGCUUUGCGCAAACUGCCACACCGGCGGAGAAAUGGAGCGUGCACCUGGCCGUGCACCCGCAGGUCAACCUGUACAGCCUCGCGCGCAAACGCUUCGCCCACCUGAGCGCGCGCGGGGAGCGGCAGGAGGUGUCAAUAGACCGGGAUGUCCCCUGGGGGGUGGACUCGCUUGUGACACUGGUUUACCGUGACCAGCGCUACCACCUCGAGACUUCUGACAACCGCUUCCUCCGCAAUGAUGGCACCCUGUCCACAAAAACGGACAAGGACACCGGCUACAUGCUGGAGUUCCGCUCCGGGAAAGUGGCAUUCCGCGACUGCAACGGCCGCUACUUGGCCCCCACGGGCCCAACCGGCACAAUGAAGUCUGGGAAAAGCACCCGGGUCGGGAAGGAUGAACUGUUUGGCCUGGAGCGCAGUCAGGCGCAGGUCGUGCUGACUGCAGGCAACGAGAGAAACGUCUCCACGAGGCAAGGCAUGGACCUGUCAGCCAAUCAGGAUGAGGAAGGGGACCAGGAAGUCUUCCAGAUGGAGAUGAGCCGUGAAGACAGGAAGUGUGCCUUCAGAACCGCCUCUGGAAAAUACUGGACUCUGACAGCAAGUGGAGGACUGCAGUGCACUGCCUCCACCAAGUCGGCCAACAGUUUCUUUGAGCUGGAGUGGCGUGACGGUCGUGUGUGUGUGCGUGCAGCUAACAACAAAUAUGUGAUCGCGAAGAGGAACGGGCAGCUUGCUGCUACUAUUGACAACGCAGGGGAGGCCGAACAGUUCCUGAUGAAGCUGAUCAACCGUCCGAUCAUCGUCCUUCGUGGAGAGCACGGUUUCAUCGGGGCUCGUAAAGCCGGCAUGGCGACUCUGGACUCCAACCGAGCUUCAUACGAUGUAUUCCAACUGGAGUUCCACAACGGAGCUUACUCCCUUAAAGACUCCCAGGGGAAGUACUGGUGUGUUGGAGACGACACAGCAAUCGGCUGCAGCAGCUCCACACCUGUCCAGUUCCUGUUUGAGUUCUGUGACCUCAACAAGAUGGCCAUCCGUGCUCUGGGGGGGAAGUACCUUAAAGGAGACCAUGCUGGAGGGCUGAAGGCCAGCGUCGACUCCCUGGACAGCGCCACCCUCUGGGAAUACUGAGAAAGCACAGCUGGACUUCUCCACUAUCUGAAACAAUGCUUCAAACUAUUGAUAGAAACUGUAGGUAGCUGUUUUUUUGCAUACGUGUGCCUGUGUGUGUAACUGUGAAUUUGUCUGGAUGGAUGUGUGGUGGAAAUUGGAGCUGAUAAACUGGAAGUCAUAGCACCAAAGCACUCAUUUUUUAUUAUUUUUCUUUCUCAAUUAUUAUUGUUUCCUUCUUACUGGGCUUUUUACUGGAGAUUUGGAUGUACUGAUGAUUUGUUGUUUAAUGAAUGAAUCAUAGUGUGGUUAUUUGUUUCACUUCCAGUCAAAUUUACACACGCUGAACCUGAUAAAUGUCAGGACGAUUGCUGUUAUUAGUUGUGCCUAUCUGUGGUAACUACUGGUGUAAACAAACAUAUAGAAUGCUAUAACUCAUAACUUACAAUAUCUAACCUUCUCAUGCUAAAUGUCCUGCUGCCUCUAUUUACGCUGCUUUCAUUUCCUGCUCUCUUUCAACUAUAAAGCACAACAUGCAUCAGAUAAAGGGAUGUUGCAAAUUUACAUGUUUCUGCUGUAAAUAAGGCUUUCUUUGUCUCUGAAUGCUUCAAAAAGGAAAUGAGAUGUGGCUGGCUGAUCGUACAUGUUCUUUGUCUGUAUGCUGCUUUGCUGCUCCUCUCCAGUUUUCCUUUCUCACUCUUAAAUGUGCAGGCAGACAAAAUCUGUAUAUUCACAUCUACAGGAAGUAGUCAGUGGUCAAAGGUUUCCCUUAAAGACUGUAAUCCACUCCUGGAAGGUUUUUAAUUAUACUACAGGAGGAAACAAAUUAAAGGAGCUUUAUGAUUCACUCCCUGCCUGAAGGAGCUUUCUUAAGCGUUCUUUCAGUUAAAAAAGAAAGUGGCUUAAUUGCUGCACACUCAAAUGCACAUAUAUGCACAACCUGCACAAUAAUGUCCAUCUGCAAGAAGUGAAAAGCACAUGUCUGUUGUGAUGUCUGAGAUCAGGUGCUGCUGCUGCUGCCGGUGUGUGAACACAAUGAAAGAGUCUCUCUGGCUGUUUUUGUGGCUGUGCCUUCCAUAAAGCAUUUCAGUCUUUUUCAUGUUACACAUUUGAACAGAACAGAAUUAAAAAAAAUAAAGUUUUUUCCGGUGGACCUUC